AUGGAAAACUCCACGUCGCAGUAUCUAACAAGCAUGGAUCACGCCCUCUGCAUAACAUUUUGGGUGAUCGCUGUUGUUUCCUUUGCAUUAAACUUAUUGUUUGCCAUUGUAAUUGCGAGGAAACCUUCCAUGCUAAAAAGGCCUCAUAAUAUUCUACUGUUUAGUUUGGCCAUUACUGAUAUGCUAACUGGUGAGUUUAUGGCAAUUCUCUUGUGUUUUGUGGUUAUGGUUCUCUAAACAAUCUCCAUUGCAACAUUUACCUCAGUUUUUUUUAAAUUACUCUUUGUUAUCACUUUAGUUUUGGAUUUACGGCUGUAAGCCCACAAUCAAAGUACUUAAAUAUAUUUUGACUAGAAGAUAAUGCGCUGUUUUUCUCCUUCAGGAGUCUUUCUCUUAGCUACUCCCGGAUAUGCCAUUCCCACGUCUGAAUACCCAGUCCCUCUUGGAUUACGCGGUGAGAUUUUUUGCCGUUUGCUCGCCAACAGAUAUAUCCUGUUUGCAUUGGGAAAAGUUUCCAUCCUUCUCGUGGCCUGUCUCGCCAUUGAACGAUGGUACUGCGUGUUAAGACCAUUCAAAUACAGGCAUCAUUUUAAAAGAAGGCGUACCAUUCUGUAUGUUGCCAUCACGUUUAUGAUCACGUGUAUUCUGUCCAUGAAUAAGUUGUUCGAAACGAGCUUACAUGGUAGCAAGUGUGUCACUGAUAAAGCUCCAUACGGUAUUGACGGUACUCGAGUGUUUGUCAUCGCUUACAGUUUUGUGGCAUUUUAUUUUCCCUGUUUGGUAACAUGGCUCACAUUUGCCCAUAUCAUGCGUAAUCUUCCAUCAUCUCCUGGGGAAAGUGCCGAGAGUGUCAACAAACGAAGGCGACAGAGAUUGUUACUGCGCAUGUGCGCUGUAACUGCAGCAGCCUUGACAGUGUGCGGCUUUCCUUCGCAGACCAAUUACAUUCUAAGCUCUUUUGGUAUUACAGAAGUUAAAAGCCCUUUGCAUAAGAUGUUCAAUGUUCUGGUGUUUUUUAAUUCCUGCAUGAAUCCCAUGAUAUACUGCCUUACUAACAAAGAUUACAGAAAAGAGUUCAAAAGACUUCUUGGAUGCCACCGAGGUAACGAAAUAUCUCCAGAAACGGACCACGGCACCACUCUCCACUUGGAGCAAGCAGAAAAAGAUAAAGAGAUAACGUCCUAG